UGUCCCUUCCCAUAUUUUGAGAGUCGUCGAAGAUUUCAACGAUGCCUCUGUCAAAGCCCGCCAAUGCCCACAGCCCAGUGCUGUCUCACUUCUCCCUCAAAGGCAAAGUCGCCGCAGUCACGGGAGGCGCGAGAGGAAUUGGUGUCGAGGUUGUUCGGGCGUUUGCCGAAGCCGGCGCAACUGUCGGCCUCAUCUACACCAGCAGCAAAGAUGCGCACGAUACUGCGGCGAAGAUUUCGGAGGAGACGGGGUCGGUGGUGAAGGCGUAUCGAUCAGAUGUGAGGGACAAAGCCACAAUCACCGACACAAUCAACGAGAUCGCCAAGGAGUUUGGGAGGCUCGAUAUUUGCGUUGCCAAUGCCGGCAUUGCAGAGCACUUCGACAGCUUGGAGUACACGGAAGACGCAUGGCGGAAAAUGAUGGCAAUCAACUUCGACGGAGCCAUGUUCACGGCACAGGCGGCGGGCAAUAUCUUCAAACGGCAAGGAUCCGGCGAUGCCAGCAUGAUCUUCACCGCUUCAGUGUCCGCGAGCCUGAUCAACAUUCCACAGAAGCAGGCCCCUUACAACGCAUCGAAAGCUGCGGUUGUGCACCUGGCCAAAGGGCUCGCCGUGGAGUGGACGGAGUUUGCAAGAGUGAAUUGCAUUUCCCCGGGAUACAUCGCGACCGACAUGAUCAACGAGCUCCCGAAGGAGUGGGCCAACAAGUGGCAUGAGCUGGUCCCUGGGGGACGAUUCGCAGAUGCUGCAGAAUUGAAAGGCGCCUACGUCUUCCUCGCCAGUAACGCUUCGUCCUACAUGACAGGAGCCGAUUUGAUCAUUGAUGGGGGAUAUUCCUUGGUAUGAGGUAGAAAAGCUGCUCUUGUUAGAUCAACAACGCCAUAGCACUAAGUGUGCAUGCCCGUUCCAACAAGCUUCCCUUCUGAGUAGAGUUAUGCCGUACUCGUUCGGCCGCUUCAAUUCCUCGACUCUUAUUCCCGGCCAACGAAGUAAGCAAUCGAUGUCUUGGUGAAAAACAUUGAUG